AGCUUAUUAUGCAAAACUAUGGAAAACCCUGCGUCAACCAAAGUCACCGUCAACAACCAUCAUAGCGCCGUUAAACCUCCGUGUCUGCAUCUUCCUCAACCUCGCGACGCACCUGCAACACUGAAUUCCAAAACCUGCAGUGAAGUCGCCGUCAACCAUGAAGCACCACCGCGUCUCCAUGAACCUGCGAUUCAGAAUCCAAAAAAUCAUUCGUUGUUCGUUCUUUCGCGCCUCCGUCAUUCACAGACGCAGAACCCCAGAUCGAACCAGAAGCGAAAACGCAAAACCCUAACCACUAUACUCCAUCGCGCACCAAUGUCAUUGGUGCCAACAAUGCCAGUGGCCACCGGAGGCAUCGUAGACGCUCCUCUGUUUCACUGUUUCUAUUUUGAAUUCCAUUGCUGGGGACUGCUUAUUCAAUCGAUGUGGUUUGUCUUUCUAAAAAGUGUUCUCAGUUGUAAUGCAUAAGUGCAUAAAUUAGCUUUUGUUCACAUAAUUGCAGCAACAAAUGUCUAGCAGCAAAGAAACCAUCCUACAAAGACAGAUGUUUUUGGCUGCUAAUAUGUGUGCAUAAUAUUAAAUCUACAGACCUUUGUGUUCAAGAGACCAACUAUGCUUCCUAGAUCAUUGAUUUUUUCUACAGCAUUAUUGAGUUUCUUCUCUUUAGUUUUAGCAUUGUUCAAGGGAUAUACCUGACAAUGAAGGAGAUUGAAAAUUUGGCAUUCAAUCUUUGUCAGUGCAUUUGGAUCAGAAGAGGGGACGUUCUUCUUAUGUAUAUUCUCAGAGGACUUGGUCUUGUAUCCUUGAUUUAUCAUAAAUAAGUUUCUUUAAGGUAUUCUGGAUUUGUGUUUCACUUCUUAAAGAGUGUUGCUCCUUAACUGAUGCAUAUAUGGUGUGUAUCAGGUUUCUAAAUAAGGAAAUUCCUCCCUUGCAAAAGUAAACACUGUUGCAUGGAAUAUAUCCUGUGUUUUAUAUAUGUAUUGACAUUAUGUUCGAGUAUCAAGCUCAGUCUGCUCCAAAAUUUAUCAAAUUGUCACAUACCUCCAAGACUGAUAUAUCUAAUGAAUGUGAACAUGGUUGGUGAUUUGAUAUUCUUGUUGAAGUUUGAUGUUCAUUCUCACUUUCUGUGAUAGGUUUCUGCACAUGCUGUUCUUGCUUCAGUCCUCUGGUAUCAUUCUAAGUCUGUUGAUGUGAAAAGAAACUCUGCCAUAUGUUUCUCUGGAAGAGAUGGAGAAGAAGAUGUGAAUGAGAAAAUUUCCACUUAUAAAUGUUUCACGAAUGCCAUCAUCAUAACUUCAAAGUGCAAAGAGGAGAAUGAAAACCAAGAAUAGAGAUGGACAAGAAGAUGUGAAUGAGAAAAUUUCCAUUUAUCAAUGUUUCACGAAUGCCAUCAUCAUAACUUCAAAAUGCAAAGAGGAGAAUGAAAGCCAAGAAUAAAGUAUGAUAGUAAAUGUAUAUUGGAGAAAGAGAUUAAGGCACACUUCUGAACUGACAACAAUAAACAAACACGGCUACAGUAUAUCCAAAAGAAGGAUUACUUUGGUGCAGGCCUUAUUAUGAAGAAAUUCAUAGCAUUACAAAUUAAUGGCAACAAUGUUGAACGUAAUGAAAAAAUUGAUAUUGAUUUAGCUGCAAGCUUAAUACAUAGGAGGUGGGGGUGGAGACUUGUAGUAAUAUGGUGGUGGUGAAGGAGAAGGAGGUGGUGGUGACUUGUAAUAGUAUGGUGGAGGAGGCGCGGGAGAAGGUGGAGGAGGAGACUUAUAUACAUAGGGAGGAGGUGGAGAAGGUGAAGGAGGAGGUGGAGACUUGUAAACAUAUGGCGGAGGAGGAGAGGGAGAAGGUGGGGGUGGAGACUUGUAGUAAUAUGGGGGAGGUGGUGAAGGUGAUGGUGGGGGAGGUGACUUAUAAACAUAUGGAGGUGGAGGAGGGGGAGAUGGUGGUGGAGGGGAUUUGUAGACAUAAGGUGGGGGAGGUGAAGGUGAUGGUGGAGGUGGGGACUUAUAAACAUAGGGAGGUGGUGGUGAGGGAGAUGGUGGUGGUGGGGACUUGUAAACAUAGGGAGGUGGUGGUGAAGGAGAUGGUGGUGGUGGGGACUUAUAAACAUAAGGAGGUGGUGGUGAGGGAGAUGGAGGAGGUGGAGACUUGUAGACAUAGGGAGGUGGUGGUGAGGGAGAUGGUGGUGGUGGGGACUUAUAAACAUAGGGAGGUGGUGGUGAGGGAGAUGGUGGUGGUGGGGACUUAUAAACAUAAGGAGGUGGUGGUGAGGGAGAUGGAGGAGGUGGAGACUUGUAGACAUAGGGAGGUGGUGGUGAGGGAGAUGGUGGUGGUGGGGACUUAUAAACAUAGGGAGGUGGUGGUGAAGGAGAUGGUGGUGGUGGGGACUUAUAAACAUAAGGAGGUGGUGGUGAGGGAGAUGGAGGUGGUGGAGACUUGUAGACAUAGGGAGGUGGUGGUGAGGGAGAUGGAGGUGGUGGAGACUUGUAGACAUAGGGAGGUGGUGGUGAAGGAGAUGGUGGUGGUGGAGACUUAUAAACAUAGGGAGGUGGUGGUGAAGGAGAUGGUGGUGGUGGGGACUUGUAAACAUAGGGAGGUGGUGGUGAAGGAGAUGGUGGUGGUGGGGACUUGUAAACAUAGGGAGGUGGUGGUGAAGGAGAUGGUGGUGGUGGGGACUUAUAAACAUAUGGAGGUGGUGGUGAGGGAGAUGGUGGUGGUGGGGACUUAUAAACAUAGGGAGGUGGUGGUGAAGGAGAUGGUGGUGGUGGGGACUUGUAAACAUAGGGAGGUGGUGGUGAAGGAGAUGGUGGUGGUGGGGACUUAUAAACAUAGGGAGGUGGUGGUGAAGGAGAUGCUGGUGGUGGGGACUUAUAAACAUAAGGAGGUGGUGGUGAGGGAGAUGGAGGAGGUGGAGACUUGUAGACAUAGGGAGGUGGUGGUGAGGGAGAUGCUGGUGGUGGGGACUUGUAAACAUAGGGAGGUGGUGGUGAGGGAGAUGGUGGUGGUGGAGAUUUGUAGACAUAGGGAGGUGGUGGUGAGGGAGAUGGUGGAGGAGGGGACUUGUAAACAUAUGGCGGAGGUGGUGAAGGAGAGGGAGGGGGUGGUGACUUAUAAACAUAGGGUGGAGGUGGAGAUUUGUAAUAAUAUGGAGGGAAUUUAUCUACAUAGGGAGGAGAUGGUGGUGAUGGUGAAGGUGGAGGUGAAGAUUGGUGGUAAUAAGGAGGUUUUUGGUAUUGAUAAGGUGGUGUCGGGUGUGGAUAGUAGUUGGAUGGCUGGGCAUAGUAAGGCUUAUCAUCGUCAGCAGCAACACCGAUAGCCAUAAGGCAAAAUGCAAAUGCAAGGAUCAGACGAGGCCAUUGCCUCGUUCCCAUCUUCUCUUCUUUGAUUGUAAAAACUUAGCGAUCUUCUUUUAAAA